UGUGGCUAACCCUACGUGUUUACAUGCGAGCAUCAUCGAUAAAGAAGUUUAAUAUUGAAAGCAAUGGAGCCACGUGCGAGCCAAAAGAAGCUUCGAACUGGGAAGGUGACGGCUGCCCAGCAAGAAAUCAUCAUAUCAUUUAUGGAGAGCAAACGAGAGUUUGCGGCUGGUAGGUUUGCUUCUUUCAAUGGUAGGGAGGCUAAUAACUGUCUGUGGGCCUCCCUAACCAACAUGUUGAAUGGAAGUUGUGGGCCACAGAAAAGUACUGUUCAGUGGCAGAAGACAUGGGCUGACAUGAAGUCAGCGGCCAGAAGGAAGGCAGCUGAUGCCAAGGCUGCAAAGGCAGCAACUGGAAACAAAACUCCAGUGGUAUGCCUAAGCAGCAUUGAUGUACGAAUAUUGGCCAUAUUAGGGCCAGCUUCAUCUGCGGGGAUGCCACUGGAGGAAGGUGGUUUUGGUCCUCAAGUUAUGAAUGUGGAAGUGCAAAGUGAACAAGUUGAAAGAAAUUGGCUUUGGGAAGUUAUUGACGACCCAAUGGUUGAAGUCCCAAACACCAGUUUCGCGUGCGACACCAGUGAUGCCGCCGGCCCCAGUGCCGCGCCCGGCCCCAGUGCCGCGCCCGGCCCCAGUGCCGCGCCCGGCCCCAGUGCCGCGCCCGGCCCCAGUGCCGCGCCCGGCCCCAGUGCCGCGCCCGGCCCCAGUGAUGCGCACGGCACCGGUCUCGUGGCCAGCACCAGUGCCACACCCAGAAAAAGAAAAGGUGCUGUGACAAGACACUUUCCGUCAUCGCACAAGAAAGGUUUGUCAAAGUAAUUUUUCAUUUGCUGAUUUCUAUCAGUUGCAUUGUUCACAUAACACGUUUAGUGCCCAAUAUGCUUGUUGGCUGCCUCUUAUCAAUUACACACUAUGUGUAGAUAAAAAAACAAACUAAUAUUUACCUAAACAUUCAUACUUUGACAAUACACAUACAAAUGUUAUGGAUUUUUAACUAAACUUAUCUAAAUGAAUAAAGUAAUUACCUAGUCUUAAAUAAUGAAAUUAAACUGUAUAUUUAGAAACCCCGCUGCCAAUACAUAUACCGUACAUUAAGUAUAUGAGUUACUGACAAAUUAUUUAUGUGAAAUAAUUUUAUUUACUGGUGCAAGGAAUGUAGCUGUACUGAACAUCAAUUAAUAAGGGAAAAAUAAACCUUACCAAGUAAUAUUUCCAGAUUAUUUGGGUGUAAGUGACUUGUACCAUUGACAUUAGAGUGCACUUACGGCAUCCUCUGAAUGAAAUUUAUCACAUGUGCAUAUAUUUUCAAAAAUAAUGUUAACAAACUAUUUACCAAAUAUUUUCCUGUACUACUUUGGGUGAAGCAAUGCCUAUUCUGUAUGCAAUACAUUCUGUCUUCAACAAGCAAUUGUACCUGCUGGAACUUGCAUUGCUAGUUGCAUUACUUUAACCCUAUUAAAAUCUACGUCAUCUGGCAAUCAUUAUUUGCAAUAAAAAAACAGAAAUUGCAUCUUUUUAAAUUUUUAUGUGUUUCAGUUCACAUUCGCAUAAUUGAACCUUCAGUUUUGUUCAUUGCUCCUACUUGACAUAACCCUGCCCAUAUAUACUUGUAUGGUAUACGUUUGUUAUUUUUAAUGAGAUAUAUUGUAGAAUAAAGAUUCAUAUUUUUUUUUUCAGCAAAACUACCAAGACAAACCAUAAUGGAAAAAUUUGCUGAACAAAUGGGCACAAUUCAAGAGCGGCAGCUGGCAGCCGAUCUGCGAUGUGCAGCUGCUUUAGAAAUGUGCGCUUCGGAAAUGAAAAGAAGCAAUGUUCUGCAAGAACAAAUGGUUUUUUCUUUGGAAAGAUUGUUUGAAGUGUUGGGAAAUAAAAAACAAUAAAUAUUUUAAGAAA